CUUUCGUGUAUUUUUGUGUUUCUGUGUUAUCUUAAUCGCAGGUUGUCUGUUUUUUUUCCGACGAUGACGAUGAACUGAGAGCUUCACAAAAGGAGAAAGAAGAUGGGAGCUCACUCUGUUUUUCUCAUCCUUGUUUGCGUCAUUGGCACUGCCAUUGUGGUUCAUGGCCAAGGCCAAGCAGGCUUCAUCAGCAUAGAUUGUGGGUCACCACCUAAUAUAAACUAUGUAGACACUGAUACUGGUAUCAGUUACACAUGGGAUGCACCGUUCAUAAAAAGUGGAGUAAAUGUGAACGUCUCUGAAGAAUAUGGUUACCCGAAAAACCCGGUUUUGCCAUUCCCGCUUGCUGAUGUCAGAUCUUUCCCUCAAGGAAACAGGAACUGUUACUCCUUAACCCCUUCGGAUGGUAAAGGGAAUCUUUAUCUCAUCAGAGCUUCGUUUAUGUAUGGAAACUACGACGGUGACAACGCUUUGCCUGAGUUUGAUCUCUAUGUAGACGUGAAUUUCUGGACCUCAGUGACAUUCAGAAAUGCUUCUGAGAACGUCAUCAAGGAGAUCCUAAGCUUUGCAGAGUCAGAGACAGUAUACGUUUGCCUUGUCAACAAAGGUAAAGGAACUCCUUUUAUUUCAGCCUUGGAGCUCAGGCCAAUGAACAGCUCAAUCUAUGGCACUGAAUUUGGAAGAAAUGUCUCUUUGGUUCUCUAUCAAAGAUUGGACACAGGAUAUUUGAACGGAACAGGACGGUACCAGAAGGAUGUAUAUGAUCGUAUUUGGUCUCCGUACUCUCCAGCCUCUUGGAAGUCAACCAUGACAAAUGGGUAUAUCGAUAUUUUUCAGAGCGGUUACAAGCCACCAGAUGAAGUUAUAAAGACAGCUGCUUCGCCUAAAAGCGAUGACGAACCAUUGGAACUGUCGUGGACAUCAGAUGAUCCAAAUGCUCGGUUCUAUGCAUACCUUUACUUUGCAGAACUCGAAAAUCUCAAGAGGAAUGAGAGCAGAAAAAUCAGGAUAUUCUGGAACGGGUCGCCUGUUUCAGGAGCUUUCAACCCCUCUUCCGAGUAUUCAAUGACAGUGUCUAAUUCGCGAGCUUUCACCGGUAAAGAUCACUGGAUUUCCGUCCAGAAGACCUCAGAUUCAACACUUCCACCAAUACUUAAUGCCAUCGAGAUUUUCUCAGCACAAUCUCUGGAUGAAUUUUCCACCACAACUGAAGAUGUUCGCGCCAUAGAAAGCAUAAAAUCAACGUAUAAACUGCAAAAGGUUUGGAGUGGUGAUCCUUGUUCCCCAAGUUUAUUCCCUUGGGAAGGUAUUAGAUGCAGCUACAACAAUUCUAGUCAUCAAAUCAAGUCCCUGAAUCUUAGCUCAAGCGGAUUGCAUGGACCAAUAGCCUUCUCAUUUAGAAAUCUCUCCAACCUUGAGUCACUGGAUUUGUCAAACAACAGCCUGAAAGGAUUUGUGCCGGACUUUUUGGCUGAUCUAAAACUUUUGAAGUACCUGAAUUUGAAAGGAAAUAAUUUCACUGGGUAUAUCCCAAGAUCUCUUAGAAAAAGAUCAGUGGAUGAUGGAUUAGUACUCAGUGUGGAUGAACAAAACAUUUGUCACUCACGUUCAUGUCGGGACAGGAGCAGAAUCCUAGUGCCAAUAGUUGUAUCCACAUUAGUGGUCGUUCUUAUUGCCGCCUUGGUUGUCAUAUGCAUCUUGCGAAGGGAAAGAAAAAUAAUGUAUUCAGGAGCCUAUUCAGGACCACUCCUGCCUUCAGGGAAGAGAAGGUUCACGUAUAGUGAAGUCUCUAGCAUUACAAACAACUUCAAUAAAGUGAUCGGUAAAGGAGGGUUUGGUAUUGUGUACCUCGGUUCCCUCGAAGAUGGGACUGAAAUUGCUGUAAAGAUGAUAAACGAUUCUUCAUUUGGAAAAUCUAAAGGAUCAUCAUCAUCAUCAUCAUCAUCAUCAUCCCGUGUUUCCAAAGAAUUCCAAGUCGAGGCGGAGCUUCUUUUGACAGUUCAUCACAGGAACUUAGCCUCCUUUGUUGGGUACUGUGAUGAUGGUCGCAGUAUGGCUCUCAUCUACGAGUACAUGGCCAAUGGUAACUUGCAGGAUUAUCUAUCAAGUGAGAACGCAGAGGAUCUUAGCUGGGAAAAGAGACUCCAUAUAGCCAUAGACUCUGCACAAGGGUUGGAGUAUCUGCACCAUGGAUGCAGGCCACCAAUAGUACACAGAGACGUUAAAACAGCAAACAUCCUAUUAAAUGAUAACUUGGAAGCCAAGAUUGCUGAUUUCGGUCUUUCUAAGGUCUUCCCUGAGGACGAUCUCAGCCACGUCGUGACUGCAGUCAUGGGCACUCCCGGCUACGUCGAUCCUGAGUACUACAACACGUUUAAGCUAAACGAGAAGAGCGAUGUGUACAGUUUCGGGAUCGUUCUCUUAGAACUUAUAACCGGUCGGAGAUCAAUAAUGAAAACCGACGACGGAGACAAAAUGAACGUUGUCCACUUCGUCGAGCCUUUCAUCGAUUUCGGAGACAUAGAUGGUGUCGUCGACGCACGGCUUCGCGGCGACUUCUCCUCAAACUCAGCUUGGAAGUUCGUAGAGGUCGCAAUGUCUUGCGUUAGAGACAGAGGAACUAACAGACCAACAAUGAACCAGAUCGUGUCUGAUUUAAAACAGUGCUUAGCCGCUGAGCUGGGUCGUGAGCCACGGAGCCAUCAUGAGAAGGAAGUAGUGAAAGAGAAGAACACGAAGUCGCAGAUUCGGAAUUAUAGUAGCGAUGAAUAUAUUAGCUCGACGGGAUCGGUUUCGAUUACUUUUGGAGAUUACAACACGUUUGGCCCAACGGCAAGGUAGUGAGAAUUAAAUCAAGGUUUGAUUGAUAUCUUUAAAUUAUUUUCUGUGUUUGUU